AUGUCCAGAGAACAGAUGAGAGAGAAGCAAAGGGACAAGGAGAAAGUUAUGUCUGUCCGUGACAGGAUGGCACAGUUCCAGUCAAGUGCAUCUAAAUCCGCUAACCCUGGAGAAAAAAGAAAAGUUGGGAGACGCUCAAGCAACGAUGCCACACCAACACUUAGCAACAAAAAAGAGGGCAGAACAUUUGGCUCUGUUGCGUCUGCCUCUCAACCUCCUCCGUCCAAAGCCAUCACCCCUCCUGUUGUCCCCUCUCGAGAUUCUAAACUCCACACCUAUGAGGUGCCCUCUUACUGUGACUCACUAUUCACAGAGCUGUGUAGGCUACGGAGAGACGGCUUACUGGUGGACUGCAACCUUCACCUCCCGGACAACUCCUACAAAGUCCACCGAUUGGUCCUCACUGCUGUCAGUCAAACGGCAGAGGUCUGGCUGCGUUCAGGGCAAAGAGGUCUUAACGAGGUGAAUCUAAGCGAGCUUGAAGGAGGCGACCUCGUGACCCCAUCUGGCCUACAAGCCCUCCUUGAUUUUGCUUACUAUGGAGAAAUGGGCCUGGCCUAUGCCAGUGGCAAUGGAUUGGAAGAGGUGCUGCAGGUCUGCAGGUGUUUAGGGGCAGAGCGACUAGCCCAGGUUUGCCGGACUGGGACCCCAGCACACGCAGACAGAGAGAAGGAGAAGAGUCUGCAGAUGUUUAGGAAUCUGUGGGAGAGGCAUGUCGGCUGUGAUGUUACCUUACAGGCGGAGAGUGGAGAACUUUUCCCUGCCCAUCGUGUGGUGCUGGCUGCGGGUGGGGACUACUUUCGGGCACUGCUCUGUGGAGGGUUACGGGAGAGUGGUGAGGAGGUGGUGUGUCUGCGUGGUGUGGCUGCCUGGGUGCUUCAGGACCUGCUGAGAUUCGUCUACUCUGGCCGGCUGCGGCUGGGCUGGAGCAACGUGUGGGACCUCGCUGAGGCAGCUGUUCAGUUCCAGCUGCAGGGGGCGCUCUCGCUUUGCCUCAGCUUCCUGCAGGAGGACAUGGACUGCGAGACUUGCCUAGACACACUGGCUCUGGCUGAGGCAUAUGGGCUGGAUGAAUUAGGUCGGGCUGCAGAAGACUACACCUUGGCCCACUUCCAGAGUGUGUCAGAGGGAGAGAAGUUCAGAGAUCUCCCCUGUCCUCUCUUACAACGCCUGCUGGAGAGAGACUCUCUAUGCACUGACAGCGAGUUAAAAGUGUUUAAUGCCGUGAUAUGUUGGGUAGAGGAAGAUCAGGGACAGAGGCUACCCUACUUGCCUAGGUUAUUGCAAAAGGUGCGCUUCCCUCUCAUGUCGCCUGCGGAGCUUAAGGAGGUAAAAGACUGCAAUCUGCUGACCAGAAGCAGGGAGCUGAGAACAGUCCUGGAGACAGUCAACAACCUCCUGCAAGGAGAACAAAGACAAGUAGAGUGCAAACCUCGCAGUGCAAACCAGGUGCUUGUUCUCGUGGGAGGGGACAGUGUGGACGAAGAUUUUGCUCGGCGAGAACCCAAUCAAUGCCUGUGGUUCGCCAAGCGUUUCCUCAGAGGCCCGGGCCUGAUCAGAACCGUGGAGUGGAAACCGCUGGCUCAGCUCCCGGAACCGCCACGGUUUCGACACUGUGUCUGUGUCCUCAAUAAUAAACUUUACAUCCUGGGUGGGCGAAAGUACUACGGAGCCCUGGACAUCCUCAAGUCUACUUUGAGGUUUGAUCCAGUACAGUGUGUGUGGGAGUGCUUGCCUGACAUGACCUGUCCCAGGGAUUACUUUGCUGCCGUGUGUGUGCGUGGAAAAGUGUUUGUCCUGGGAGGUAACCUUGACGACAGGACCUGCCUGGACUCUGUGGAGUACUACACACCUGAGGACAACACCUGGAGGCUGGCUCAACCAUUGGACACACCCCUCUGUGGCCAUGCAGCUGCAGUAAUGGACGGCAAGAUCUUUGUGUCGGGCGGCUGCGACUCUCGCCUACGCUGCUUAUCCUCUUUAUGGCUUUAUGACCCUUCCACAGGCUGUUCCAAACUUGCUCCCAUGGCAACGGGAGCGGGGCGGGCGGGGCACGUCAUGUUAGUGUUGGGUGGCAGACUGGUUGUGGCUGGGGGGCUGCAGCCACUUUGGGUGGGGUUUGGGGACCAGCUUCAGUGUGAGGCUUACGAUCCUGAUCAGAACUCCUGGACACUCCUGUCCUUACUGCCCCGCCCCCACCUAUCACCUGCUGCCACUUCGCUUGACGGACAGCUGUAUGUUCUGGGUGGGUCUUCUGCUGACACGGCCUGUGACACGCCCUGGGUGCACCGUUAUGACCCCCGACAGGGCUGUUGGGACAAACUGGGUGCGAUGCCACGCCCAUAUGCCGAUCUCGCCGCAUGCACCCUGCAGUUACCCAUAAGCCUCAGGGGCUAG